UCGAUCAACGAGCAUCUGCUCUUAAUAGAAAAUUUUAAUUUUGCUUUACUUUGCAUUUUUUUAUAUAAUUACUCUUCUUCCAUUCCACUAUAAGGUAAAUCUAUUCCAAGUCCGAGGUGUUUCAUUUGUAUAUCCACGGUGGUUUUACCCAUACAUUAGAUUUGUUUAUUUCGAAGGAAAAAAAAAAAAGUUUCAAUUAAAAUUUUGAGAAAAGCUUUAAAAUUAAUGGAUUGAAUCAUAACUAUUCAGAAAAGAUACAAGAUGGAUAAAAAUAAAGUUAAAUCUAUUCUUCCAAAACCUUCUCCUCUGUUACAGUCUCAAACGACAUCACCAAAUAUCGUUGGUGCGAACAAGAGAAAAUCUAUGCCGGGGAAUGGAACAGAAUUCAAUGUUAAUAAAAAGCAACGAUCAAAAUCAGCUACUUCAAUACAAACUAAGAAGAAAUUGAUUAAAAAAGAAGAUAAUCUCUCAUCGUUGGCAAGCCCCAAUAAUAAAUUGGUUAAAACUAAUAGUAAUAAUUCGAUCAACAUGUCACCACCAAUUAUUAAUCAAUCAAAUCACGAUGAUAAUUCUCAAGAUAAAUCUUCCAAACAAACUGGUCAUAGACCAGUUACUUCGUGCACUUUUUGUCGUCAACAUAAAAUCAAAUGUAAUGCAUCGGAAAAUUAUCCAAAACCAUGCCAAAGAUGUGAUAGAAUGGGAUUAAAAUGUGAAAUUGAUCCUCAAUUUAGACCUAAAAAGGGUUCUCAAAUUCAAUCUUUGAAAAGUGAUGUGGAUGAAUUAAAGGCUAAGAUUGAAAUGUUAACUAAGAAUGAAUCUUUGUUAACUCAAGCUUUAAAUCAACAUAACAUGAAUUUCUUACAGCAACAAAAACAACAAGUGACUCCUAAUUCAAAUAAUCAAUUUUCUCAUCAUAAUCAUCAACAACAACAGCUAUAUAAUACUACUCCUGUUCAAAGACCGGCUUUAGGUUCGUUGUCAAACGUUUCAACUAACCAUAAUACUCCAACUCAAUUUCAUUUAGAAGCUUCUUCUCAUAUAGGAACCCCGGCUAAUUUAAAUGAUUCUGCUCCAACUCAUACAAAUCCAAAUUUGUCUUAUGUUUUACAUCAAGAUUCUUCCGAUAAUUCUCCGGUUGAUAGAAAUCUUGAUUCUUAUAAAACAAAUAACCAUAUUAAUUUAAAUGCUAAUCAUAAUGAAACUAAUGAUACUGCAACUCCAAAUACAAGAUUUAAUUUAGAAGAUCAAUCAGAAUAUACUACAAUCUCUGAAUUCAUCUUAGGUUCAGUAAGAUUACCUUUAGAAAAAGCUAAUGAAUUACAUGAUAGAUUUAUGGAUAAAUUUUUACCAUUUUUACCAAUUGUCACUUCAAAUUCGGCCACUGAAUUAUAUAAUAAAUCUCAAUUAUUGUUUUGGUCUAUUAUUUUAACGGCUGCAUUAUCAGAACCUGAACCAACUUUAUAUAUGUCUUUGGCUUCUUUAAUUAAACAAUUAGCUAUUGAAACUUGUUGGAUUAGAACUCCUCGUUCAACCCAUGUUAUCCAAGCCUUAAUCAUCUUGUCCAUAUGGCCUUUACCAAAUGAAAAAGUUUUAGAUGAUUGCUCUUAUAGAUUCAUAGGCUUGGCUAAGAAUUUAUCAUUACAACUUGGUUUACAUAGAGGUGGUGAAUUCAUUCAAGAAUUUAGUAGAACUCAAGUAAGUUUGGGUCCUGAUGCUGAAUUAUGGAGAACAAGAUCUUGGCUUGCAGUAUUCUUUUGCGAGCAAUUUUGGUCUUCGGUCUUAGGUUUACCUCCAUCAAUAAAUACCACCGAUUAUUUAUUGGAAAAUGCAAGAGUCGAUAAUAAUUUACCUAAAAAUUUUAGAUGCUUAAUCUCUUUAUCAAUUUUCCAAUGUAAAUUAGUUAAUGUUAUGGGUAUUUCAGUUACAAGAUCUGAUGGGUUAUUAGAACCUUCUAAUAGAGCAGGAUCUUUAAACAUUUUAGAUCGUGAAUUAGAAAGAUUGAGAUUUAAAUUACCAAUCGAUGAAGGCUCAGUUAUUGAAAUUUAUUAUCUAUAUAUCAAAUUAAUGAUUUGUUGUUUUGCAUUUUUACCUGGAACCCCAAUCGAAGAUCAAGUUAAAUACGUUAGCUCUGCCUAUUUAUCAGCAACAAGAAUUAUUACUAUAACAUCUCAAAUGAUAAGUUCUAACACCAUCAUGUUAAUUGAAUUACCAAUCUAUGUUAGACAAGCAAUUACUUAUUCAGUUUUACUAUUGUUUAAAUUGCAUUUAUCUCGCUAUUUGAUUGAUAAAUAUGUCGAUAGUGCAAGACAAUCAAUUGUCACCGUUCAUCGUUUAUUAAGAAAUACUUUAUCUUCUUGGAAAGACUUACAGAAUGAUAUACUGAGAUCUGCUAAAGUUUUAGAAAACUUAAAUAUAGUUUUGUAUACUUAUCCAGAGAUUUUCGAUGGUGAUGAUGAAAAUCAAGAAAUAAUUGGUGGAGGUAGCAUUAUAACAAGAAUGAGAUCUCAUUUAACUGCCUCAUUAUUUUAUGAUUUAGUUUGGUGUGUUCAUGAAGCUAGAAGAAGAACAUUAAUUGAUAAAAAUAAAGGCCCUAAUAGUCCUAAAGAUGAAAAAAGUCACCGUAACAGUCAUAUGAGAAAAGCUGCUCCUUUACCCUUCUAUAAUCAAAUUACCAAAGAUGAUUUUAAAACUAUCACAACAACUACUCCAAAUGGUACCACAAUCACUACUUUAGUUCCAACAGACCAAGCAAUGACUCAAGCAAGAUCCAAUGCUAGUGCUAAUGGAAUGAAUAAACCUUUGGAAAUUAAUGGUAUUCCUUUGGCUAUGUUAGAAGCAACUGGUAGUAUUAAAGAUAUGAAGAAAAAUGGUGGCCAUGAAGUUGCUGAUCCAAUGAAUACUUUAACUGGAACUGGCCCUGCUAAUACUGCAGCUUUCAAAGCUGCUAAUGAAAGAAACCUUAAAUCAGAAGAUGUAUCGAAAGAUGAUACAGUGCCACCAAAUAGCUCUUUUGGUAACGAAUUCAAUCCAAAUCUCUCUGGUACUAUCCCCCAAGUUCCUCAAUUUGAGUCUCUCCCAUCUCAGAUUCCUCAACAAGGUAAUCAACAAAUGCUUAUGAGUACCAAUACUGAAGGAUCUCCCGCUACUUUCAACUACGGUAUGCCUGGUGCUGUGUUACCAUCUUCUAAUUUGGGAUCUUCGGCUACAAAUAUGGGUGGGAUGGCUGAUCAAAUGGACAAUUUCUUCCAACAGCAGUCCAAUGGCUGGCUCAAUAAUGAUAAUUACCAAGACGAUGACUUCCUAGGCUGGUUUGACGUGAAUAUGAUUCCCGAAAAAUAAUCAGUUCCUCUCUUUGAAAAUGCAACAAAAAACAAAAAAAUCAAAGACAGUCCAAAAACCAAGAAGAACUCUAACAAAAAGAGAUUCACGACUAUUGCUUUCUAAUCAAAUUCUUUUUCCCUAUCUGUUUGUAUUUUUGUCACGCUUGUAUCUGCUUGAUAACCAAUUGUAAAUAAUCUACAAGUUUCGUUUUCCUUUAUACUUUCUU